CUCAUGUCUGCUUCUUCUUAGUUCGGCGAACAGUAAGCAGCUCAGAAUGUCCUCAGAGCAUCCAAUUAUCCUAUACCACUAUCCGUUCUCGCCAUACGCGAGGCGGAUAGUAUGGUACCUCCAACUACGCGGCAUUCCGUACAAACAAUGCAUGCAACCUCCAAUCAUGCCGCGGCCGGACGUAUCCAAGCUAGGAAUCAAGUACCGUCGCAUCCCACUUAUGUCCAUUGGCCGGGAUGUAUAUCUGGACACGCGCCUCAUCCUGCAGAAGCUUGAGUCCUACCCGGCCAGCAGUCCAAAGCUGGGCGCCGCGGAGAACACAGAGCAGCGAGCCAUAGAGCGCCUCCUGGAGGUGCUGAGCGUUGACGGCGGAGUCUUCGUCUGGGCGGCGUCCCUGCUUCCGCGCAAGCUGCCCAUCAUGAAGGACCCCGACUUCCUCAAGGACCGCGCCGAUUUUGCGAAUGGAAAGGCCAUGCUUGCUUCAAAAUCACCAACGGUCAGGCCCGAGGCCCUGAACGACCUUCGUAAUGUUUUUGAACUUCUUGAGACGACACUGCUUGCCGACGGGAGGGACUGGGUUCUCAAAACCGAGCGGCCGACUCUGGCUGACAUCGAGGCCGUCUGGCCGCUUCACUGGCUGAACGGCCUGCCAGGGGCGCUGCCGGCCGACCAAAUCUCGAAGACGCAGUUCCCAAAGGUGUUCGCGUGGAUCGAACGAUUUGACAAGACUGUCAAUGCCGCGGACCAGAAACUGGGCAAGGUACCUAUCGUGUCUGGGGAGCAGGCAGCGCAAGCCAUUGUGCAGGCCUCGUAUUUCGAGGACAGCGCUACCGAUGUUGUGCAGAGCGAGCCGCUUGUGAAAGCCCUAGGCCUGAAGAGGAGCGACAGUGUGGUGGUAUUCCCACUUGAUACUGGCUCGUUACAUAAAGACUCGGGCGCGCUCUUUAGGCUGGACAGCAGAGAAGUCGUGUUGGAAACGAGGACCGAGCUCCUAGGAUCCCCAGAGGUUCGGGUUCACGCGCCUCGACACGGGUUCCGCAUAGCUCGUAAAGACCAGGCCUCGCAGCUCUGAGAUGGCGACGGCAGUUAAUUCUGCCCAGGCGAUAACUGAGAUUUAUCAUUGGGGUAGCCAACGCCUCACCUGCUGCUACGUGGCGUGGCCGUGUGAACAGUAGGAUUAUAUCCCACACACUGGAAACUUAAACAAAUGAUAGCUACUCCCAGUUGCGAGUAUGCGAGAGCCGAAUCUCAGGCGCAAGAUACCCCCAUCGAAUAUUCGGCAGAGGUUUUCGAGAUAACCUUGGAAGUCGCCCGUUUUUUUUAUCACAGAC